UAAAAGGUGACAGUGGAGCGGAUUAAAGCUACUUAGAAGAACAGCAAGGAUCAUAAGACCUGAGCAAUAAAGAAGAUGUAUCUCCUUUUAAUGUUUGCUGUGACUUUUAUGCUUUCUGCACAGGAGGAUUACAAGGUUAAUACAGAUGAAGAAUCUACUGAAAAUGGCAGUGAAAUGAUGGGAAAAAUUAUGAGUGAAAUUGGUGAGGAAGGUCGAGAACAAAUAAUAAAUGCUUUGGAGGAAUACGAACUUGAAAAAUUAAUGGAUUGUAUAGAAAGCAACUGUAAAAUGAAGGAUUUCAUGGCUCUCGUACAGAGGAUGGUCAGUGUUCUUAAGGGAAUAUCAUAUGGUGAUCAACUGAUAUAUAAAAUGAUAAAGGCAUUCGUCAGACGAGGUCUUCUGGCUGAACUGGUGAAUAAACUGAGUGAGGAACAUAUGUUGGAAAUAAUUAAUGCUUUGAAAGCAGGGGAAAUUGUUAAAUUAAUGAAUAUGGAUAAAGAUCAAAAUGAUAUUCCUGAGUUAAUGUUAAUCAGAAAAAAGAUAACACCCAUUAUCAAGAAAGCUGAGGUUGGCGAAGGACUGUCUAAACUGAUAAAUGGAAAUGAUGAAAAGGGAAAAAAGACUCUCCCUUACCAUCAUUCUGUCCCUGGUGGCCUCCAUACUGGGAUGUCUAUAUAUGUGCAAGGCACAGUGCCCAAACAUGUCAAAAGAUUUUGUGUGUACUUUGCCUGUUGCCGUCACGAGGGGGCAGACGUUACCUUCCACUUCAGCCCUCAGUUUGAUAUUGACAAAACUGUGCUCAACACAUUUUGGGAUGGGAAGUGGGGAAAGGCAGAACAUCACAAGAUGCCCUUCCGAAAGGGUGAGAAAUUUGAAAUCAUCUUCAUUGUCAAUAAUACUGGAUACCAGAUUCUAGUGAACAGGAAGCCAUAUUGUACCUUUGGACACAGAAACCCACCGCAAAACACACAGGAAAUUAGGGUUGAGGGAGACCUGGAGCUGCAAUCUUUGCAUGUGAUAGGAGAACCAAAGAUGGGGAACUUGAUUCUCCCUUACCAUCAACCUGUCCCUGGUGGACUCCAUCCUGGAAUGUCUGUACAUGUGGAAGGCACAGUGCCCAAACACUCCAAAAGUUUCCCAGUGUGGUUCCGGGUGAACCUUGCCUGUACCUCUAGUGAGUCGAACAACAUUCCCCUCCACUUCAUCCCUACCUUUAUUUAUAAUCACAUUGGACUCAACACCUUGCACGGUACCAGGUGGGGAUGGGAAGAGAAACACAAGAUGGUCCUCCGGGAAAAUGAGCAUUUUGAGGUCAUCUUCAUUGUCCAUAAAGACCAAUACGAGGUCCUGGUGAACAGGGAGCCCUUUUGUACCUACAGGCACAGAAUUCCACCACAAAGGGUGCAGGACAUCAAUGUCGAUGGAAAUUUGCAGCUGCAUUCUCUGAUCGUGAUGGGAGGACCAACACAGGGGAACAUGAUAAUGAUGGGCCCUGUAACCUACUACCCACUGGUGCCCUACAUAUGCGACAUCCCUGGAGGUCUAAAAGCCAACAGGACCAUCACAGUACGAGGCUCUAUUCCGAAGAAUGCUAAAAGGUUUGAAAUCAAGUUUAUGGCUGGCCAGGACAUCGCUCUGUCCAUUAGUCCACAACUGGAAAAGAGAACUAUGGUGUGCAACAGUUUUCUGAAUGGCAACUGGGAACCUGAGGAACGCAACCUGCUCUUUAACCUUUUCCAGCCUGGGAAGUACUUUGAGCUCUCAAUCCACUGUGACAACCACAAGUUCAAGAUUUAUGCCAACAGCCAGCCCUUCUUCAGCUACGCCUAUCGUUACAUCCCUAUUGAAAACAUCAAAACUAUCAAGAUCACAGGAAAUGUGACCCUUUCCUACAUCACGUACUAAGCAAGCAGUGGGAGAAGAGACUGGUAAUAGCAUAGACCAGCUUUUCACUCUCUGCCAAUACAUUUAGAAUCCUGCUGAAUUUGAGUGGUCUGCAAGCUGCAGUAAUUCAAUCAAUCAAUUAAUCAGUCAGAUAUUCAAGAAUACUGUGUUUUCCCUAAAAUAAGACCUGGUCUUAUAUUUUUUUGCCUCCAAAAGAGGCAUUAGGUCUUAUUUUGGAGGGAUGUCUUAUUUUUUUCCCAGGAGCUGCCUCACGCACCCUGAACCUGCUUACAGUGCCACAGGGCUUCUGCUGCUGUCUGUCAAAUGCUGCAAAUAUUGUAUAUUCUUGCUUUGACAAUAUGCAGAACUGUCUGGUAUAAUUGGGGUUAAUACAGAGCAGAAGGGGUGUGGGGGCAAAGCCCGGGAAAGAA